CACACUACUACACAACUUUGACGGUCAGUCGUCAAUUUAAUCUUGACCACAACACUUGGAUCUGUUUAAGCGAUGUCGACUCAGACCACCCUCCUCCUGCUAUCGUCUACGGCCAGUAACAGCAGUUACGGGAGCCCAGCAGAAUCCUCCUUCUCAUCCUCCUGCUCAUCCAUGUCAUCUCCAGAUAACGGCGAUCAUCACGAUGAUGACAUGGAGAUGAAGAGUGUAAACGAAAACCCUGUCAAUACAUCAUCGUCGAAACGAAGGCCGAAAGACAAUGAUUCCGUUUCUUCCUCGCCUAAAAAGAAACGUUAUAACAAACCGAGACAGAGAGAAAGAAGCCCCGCUCUCGUCGCCAAAAUUAGGAAAACUCGUCGGUCUAAGGCAAACGACAGAGAGAGGUCGAGAAUGCAUGGAUUAAACGAUGCACUUGAAGUGUUACGAGAAGUCCUUCCAGCUUCUGAUGGUGAAAACAAACUGACAAAGAUCGAAACACUGAGAAUGGCUUACAAUUAUAUAUGGGUUUUGUCUCAAACUCUUGAAGGUGUGGCUAAACUUCCUGCAAACGGACUCGCCAAAGAUGUUACUAGUGCUGUUCAUGUGAAGAGGGAAUUGGACUUUAAUACAAAUAGUGCUUGUUCCUCGGACAAUGACCAACUGUCUCCUACCCCGGCCCGUAUAGUAUCUCCAGCCUCAGUAGCUUGCUCUGAGCCAGACUCACAGGUUAUAUCACCUCCUCACCAGUCAUCUCAUUACCAUUCUCAUCUCCCUCAUCACCCAGCAACCCUUCAGCAUCAGCAGCCCACGGCAGGUUUUCAUCACUUUAGAAUCGCGCCAGCAGUGUCCACACCUAGUGUCCAGUUUCAGCCUCUCCUCCCAGCCUCUGAAGCUAUGACGUCAUACGUGUCGAAUUCUUCGCCUGUUCCCCAUGUUUCCCCUCCGCAUUGCCGGACGGACAUGCAUCCCAACUUUGUGAUAGGACAGACGCAUCAUUCCGACUGGAGUAGCGUGUAUUCCGGAUUUUCAGCCAUGAAGGAGUGCGGCUUGUUAAGGUCUGGGCUAAACAGUCCCACGGAACAUUCGGAUACUUCCGAGGGAUACUCGUUUGAAAUGUUUUGAAACUGAACUAAAGUAAUGUUUCGUUAUUAUGAAAACCAUCAAAAGCUAUGUGAUAUCAUUAUGGUGUGCGACUAUUUCAGUAGCAGGCAAGUAAAAAGUAUCUAGUGAUAAAUUGUGAUAUGAUUCCAAUUGAUGUAACAGACUUUCUUUAUAUCCACAAUGUGCCUUUUAACAAAUCAGCAAAUGAAUACGAGUUUGAUAUUGUUAUCGUUGAUGUUUCUAUGCAGGAUUUGUAAGCUAUAAUGUAAGUUUAUAACAUUCAAGUAAUCCAAAAGAUUUUAUAUAAUGCUCUUGUAAAAUCGAGAUUAUUCCGAACGUUUAGUCUGAGAAUCGCGUCCCCAGCUGUGUUUUGGCUAACGGUGUAUAAUCGUGUUACUGUCUAACGCUCGACAGAAGUAAAGAUGGCAAUUGUAAUUAUUUAUUGAUGUGGCAGCAAUUCAAUUAAUUGAUGUUACCUACAUGGUCCCUGUAAUGUGGUCAGUUGACGGGUCACCUCUCAACCAUCGGUUUGACAUCAUACAUUCCAUGAGAUUAGUUGACGCGAGGAUAGAUAUAGUUUUGUAUGUAUUUACGGAAGCACACUCCAGUGCCAGUAUAAAACGACAUCAAGUGUAAGGAGAGCGUGACUUGUCUACAAGUUUGUUUACAUUUAAGAUUAUUAGCGAACUUUUGUAUAUUUAUAGAUAUGAUUUAUAGG